AAACCCCUCAUCUUUUCCAGAAACGAAAACGAUGCCAGGAGCCAUCAAGCAGAAUGCGCUGAACGCGCUCAGCAGCCGCAAGACGGACGGCAAGGGCUUGCGCGUGGCCAUCGUGCACGCCAAGUGGAAUGCCGAGGUGGUGAACUCACUGGUAUCGGCCGCCAAGACGGAGCUGCUGCGUGCUGGCGUGGCCGAGAGCGACAUUGUGGUCGCUGAUGUGUCGGGUGCCUACGAACUUCCGUACGCCGCCAGCCGUAUCAUCGCGUCACAGAAGCUGGAUGCCGUCAUCUGCGUUGGAACGCUCAUCAAGGGGGGCACGAUGCACUUUGAGUACAUCUGCGAGGCCGUUUCGCAGGGCAUUAUGCGUGUGCAGUUGGACACGGGCGUGCCUGUGCUCUUCGGCGUGCUCACGGUGCUCAACGAGCAGCAGGCCAAGGACCGCGCCGGCCUGUCGGACAAGGGCCACAAUCACGGCACCGAGUGGGCGCAGACCGCCAUCGAGAUGGCUCGUCUUCGCGAGGCGACGCUCAAGGGCGGCUGUCCCAUGCGUCCGCAUGAGCACUUGCCCUACCACAGCCUGACCAACUGCCCGUUCUUCACGGUCUCCACGUGGCUGCACAUCGCCACUCUCGGCGCGCUCGGCUUCGUCGCCGCCACGGUCGCUAAGAAGCUCGCCUAGACUCAGAGAAUCGAUCAACCUCAAAGCUAUCAGGCCUGAGUAACAAACAUGCUCCUUCUUUUGAUGCAAUA